CAGCGGAUCCCGCUUCCUGGGCAGCCAUUGCCAUGGAGACCCCAGAAGCUAUAAAGCCAGGUAUCUAGGCGUCGGGCACCUCACGAGCCUCUGAGUCCCCCAAGUAAGAAAGCAAGCGUCCCGGCCCCCGCAAGAGGGGAGGAGGCGGGAAGAGGCUCCGAGAGCUUGAGGAGCGGCGCUCCCCGCCGAGGCAGGAGGCAGGCGCGCCAGGCGGGAGCUACCCGCUCAGCAGGGGAGCCGGGGCUGCCAGGGUGCGGGUGAGUGGCACUGCUCCAAGCAGCCACGAGGGACCGAGGGGCGUCGGACACGGGGAAAACGGACCGAGAGUUGAGGAGGUCGAGCUUGAACGGGAGCCUGGAGUAGCAAGCAGCCCACACCUCCAGGCGGGAGGCCCAGGGAGGAGCGCAAGACGAACAGGGAGCUGCGAGGCAGCGGGAGCAUCAGGGAUACCGGAAAGGGAAUCUCAGGACCCUCGGCUGCUGCCACCUACGCGCGGAAAGAGCGGUACGGGUGUCCGGGCCGGGGCUCCGGCCCCGUGGGGGUGAGGGAACAGGGGCGCCCCCGUGCGGAGCUGUCGAACUUCCCGGGCACGGUCGCCGGAGCCAUGCUCAAGCCCAAGGACCUAUGCCCCCGGGCAGGUACGCGCACCUUCCUUGAGGCAAUGCAGGCGGGCAAAGUCCACUUGGCCCGUUUCGUGCUGGACGCGCUGGACCGCAGCAUCAUCGACUGCCGCGCGGAGCAGGGCCGUACGCCGCUCAUGGUGGCGGUGGGGCUGCCGGACCCCGCCAUGCGCUCGCGCUUCGUGCGCCUGCUACUGGAGCAGGGUGCGGCCGUGAACCUGCGGGACGAGCGCGGCCGCACUGCACUCAGCCUGGCCUGCGAACGAGGCCAUCUGGACGCUGUGCAGCUGCUGGUGCAGUUCAGCGGCGAUCCGGAGGCAGCGGACUCGGCGGGCAACAGCCCGGUGAUGUGGGCUGCUGCGUGCGGCCACGGGGCGGUGCUGGAGUUCCUGGUGCGCUCUUUCCGCCGCCUGGGCUUGCGCCUUGACCGCACCAACCGUGCUGGCCUCACAGCACUGCAGCUGGCCGCCUCCCGUGGUCACGGGACCUGUGUGCAAGCCCUCACCGGGCCUUGGGGUCGGGCAGCCGCAGCGGCAGCGGCCCGGGGCUCCAACUCCGACAGUCCCCCAGGCCGUACUGCCCCGGCGCCCAGCCCAGAGCGUCGACGGCCCAGCCCCCGUCGUCUACCGCGACCCCUCUUGGCGCGGUUUGCGCGAGCUGCCGGCGGCCACGGCCACGGUCAUGGCCACGGCCACGGCCACGGCCACGGAGGUGAGCUUGCCUCUGCAGGCAAAGGCUCGGGCCGACACAGGGCACAAGGCAGCGAGAGGCCAGAGCUGGGCCGGAGCAUGAGCCUAGCGCUGGGUACCAUGACGGAGGAGGAGACAGCACGCCUUCGGGCAGGAGCUCUGAUGGCCCGACCAAACUCACCCCAGUCUUCGGGGAGUGGGCGGUGGCGCUCACAGGAGGUGCUGAAGGGAGCGCCCCCAACCUUAGUGCAAGCUCCUAUUGGCCUCAGUCCUCAUCCCGAGGGUGGCCCAGGCUCUGGCCGCCUGGGUUUGAGACGACGUUCCACAGCCCCAGACAUCCCCAGCCUGGUCGGGGAGGCUUCAGGGCCCGAGAGUGGCCCAGAAUUAGAGACCAAUGCUCAGCCUUUCUCAGUGCCCGGGCCAAAGCCUUGGCAGGAGGGCACAGAGGCUGUGGUAUUGCAGGCUCAGCGGUAAGGGGCAUGAAGGUCGAGCCCUGCAAAGUCCACCCUCUUGUCUCUGGUCACUGAGAUGUCCCAUUUCUCCAAGUCUGUCCCUUUCCCUGUGAUUUGCCCUCCCCCAACUUUGUCCCCUCACUGCUAAAGGGAGACCUCCCCCAGUCCUCCACCAGAUUUAAGACAGAGAUCUCAUCCUUUUGUGCUCUGUGUAUUUCCUGUGUAGAACUCUCAACCUUCCUACAGCCUGACUCUUGUCCUGGGGAAAAAAGAGGCGCGAAAGGCUUAUUCUGCAGGCUUCAGCUUUCUAGCCAGAAACGUGGACCCCGAGGCUCAGCCGCCUAGGUACUGCUUCUGGUCCUAUAAGAUCCCCUGCUUAUUUCUAACUUUCCCCAUCACCUUGGUAGCCCGGCAGCAAUAGAGGUGGCUUUGGAGAACAAAGGCCCAGGAAGCGGUGUCUACUGAUGCUGACCGUAACAGUUGGAUAAACUACCAAAGUUUCCCUUCUCUGUAAGUGUCGGAGGAAGCAAGGCUUGAAGUGGUCCCACUUUUUGGAUCAGACGGCUGAUUGUGAAGGAAUCCAGUGGCUAAGGUUUGCUGAGGUAGAAACUCCUCCUUCAAGGCAACGAGGAUAUUUUGGGGCUUUGUACCAUUUUGUUCACCAGUUGUCUCUUCUGGGGAAUAAGCUUUCUUUGACUGUCUCGGUCAGACCCAGGGUUCAUUUAUAUUAUAGGGUCAUUGCUCCUUCAAGCCCCUGCUGACUCUUGGCUCCUGGGCCAGCCUGACCCCUCUGCAUGACUGCAUUCGAAUUUCAUUUUUGAGGUUCAGUGCUUCACUCAUGGCGGUCCAGCUUUCCUUACAUUUCCACUUAGUCCCAGAGGCCUGAAAUGGAAAGGACUUAGCAUCCCUCCUCCUCCUCCCAGCUCCCCCAUUCUGCACGUGGGUGCUCCAGGAGGGUGGAACAGUUAGGAAGGCUUUGCUUAAUUGUAUUUCUUCCAACCCUCAAAAGAACUCGUGUUUUGAGCCUUUGUGUAUGAGGCGGAAAGCAGCAGGUCUGAUCCGAGGCUUAAGAACCUGACAAUGUCUCUUUAAAUAGCACCUCCGCGAGGGGGAUAAUUGACUGGAGUGUUUGCAACGUUAAGCGGCGGCGCGCGGGAGUCGGGAGCCCACAGGAACCGCAGGUCCGGAUCUAAAUUACAUCAAACUCGGAGAGAGCCUAGGAGGGGGCUGCUAAACGUCUCCUGCUUCUUGCUGGGCUGUUAAUGGAGGGCAGGGCAGAUGAUGGAUGCUAGACGGAGACCAAGGACCCCUGCCUGUGCCCCACCGCGUGGGAUGCAGGCCCAGCCCAGCUUCCAGCUUUUAUUACUGGGCAGAUUAGUGAGUCAGAAGCAACUGUGGAGAGGUAGUUAGGCCCCCUCCCCGCCAAGUCUUUUGUCCUCUCCCUCUCCGCCCCUGCCCGCCAACUCUGUACCGCUCGACAGGCGGCAAAGAGGGUUUUGACAGGUCGCCUGCUCUACGACCCAAUGUCAGUGUUAGCUCCUUGUGGGAGAUCUGUACCAGCAGGGUGUGGCGAAAACUCCUGCUUCAAGGCAGUGAAAGUUUUCUGGCCAUGACUAUACCUCGGGUUUCUGUUUGUGAACCCGGAAGAGUGAGCAUGCAGCCCCUCACCUGCCUGCGAUAAAGUCUUUUUAAGGCGUUGAUCUGUUGUCUUUGUGGGAGGUUUUCUCACCAGUAACUCCGAGGGAGCUGCUCAGGGAGAGACCGCUGGUGCUGAGAAGCCGGGCCUGCGGUUUAGGGGUAGGAAGUCAGCUUUUACAGAGCCCAGACACCUCCCCAGUUCCUUGCCUCGCUAGCAUCCGAGGCCGCGCGCCAACCCACACUUCGGACGGUGAUCCUUGCUGCCCCCUGGUGGCACCUCUGCGCUCUUCUCGCUGCCACCAGGGAACUCAGACUUGGUUUUUGAGGGAGAUCAACGAUGUGUAGCUUCUCCCUCGGUGUGCAUGUUAGCCACGAAGCGUGUUUCUCUUGUAGAGUAGUAAAUCCGGAUACUUGAAGUCACUUCAAUGAAGUGAGGAACAGUGUACAAGGAAAGUCAGCAUUGGGUGUAAGGAGUGCCCAGAACCUCACCAAGAACCCCAAGCCAUUUCCCAAGCUAAGGCUGCUGUUGAGAGAGCUCCUGCUAUCUUUAGAACAGCUGGAGCUACCAUCCCCUAUGGCUCCUGAGCCUUGACCUGACCGUGUGCGUUGUUUUCUUAUGACAGCUGCUUUCCCUUCUGUGGGGAUGGAUCUGCCAGUCCAACACACACACACACACACACACGACAGCCCCUCACCGCCCCCCAAGCACACACACCUGCCUCUCCUCAGUCUCCCGAGUGGCUGAUGAACACUUCCACCGUGUCUGAAAAGCCAGAGGUCAGGGCAGGGACAGUCCAAGCGAACACUGCUUUCUCUCUGACCCUUCCUUGUUCACAUUCCACUUUCAGCUGUGUUUAAUUUUAACGACAUUUUUAGUGGCGUAAGAAUACAAAUAUUUUGGCUUCAAGCACCAUGAAGUUUGGCUCACACGUCGUGUGUCGGGGUGCCGUCAUCUUUUCGGUACAGCUGAUGUGGUAUUCUCGGGGGAAUGUCACCUUGGCACAUCCCUGUUGGGUAAACAACCGCUCCCCUCUGUGGUCUCUGGAGUGCCUGGAAGCCCGGUGGUUGAAAAUGUUUUUGGAACACUGCAGCUGACUUGCCCAUCUGAACUGAGUUGUGGGACUUGCCGCCUGUACAGGCUCCAUGGAGAACUCUGGCACACUUCACUCCCCCCAGACUUCCUCUGUCAGGUCUCAGCACACUGAGGCUCCAGUAACCCCCACCCCUUGUCCCCUCCUGCUGUAGAAAAGACUUUGCUGUGUAUUCUGCUUUUCGUGUUAUUGUCCUUGUUAGGAAGAGACUCCCUGGCCACUGGCACUCAGUACUGGUUGGUGGGGAAGGCUGAAGGGCAUUGGCACAUGACUAUGGAAAGGGCUAGUGGGAGGAAGAGCAGCUAAUAAACCCAGUGGUAU